CAUCCGACACGACAACAUCACCGAUUCCUAUUUCCGACCACACAUACCGACGAAAUGGGUGACGCCAACAUCACAACGAGCGCCUGGAGGCUGGUCGAGGUUGGCCGUGUGGUCCUCUUCAACGAAGGCCAGUACGAGGGCCGGUUAGCCGUCGUCGUCGAGAUCAUCGACCACAAGCGCGUGCUUGUCGACGGUCCCUCCGAGAAGGCCCCCGUCGCCCGCCAGGAGAUCGCGCUUGCAAAGCUUUCUCUCACCCCCAUCGUCAUCCCCAAGCUUCCCCGCGCCAGCGGUGUCGGCCACGUAGCAAAGAAGUGGGAGGAGCACAAGGUCCAGGAGAAGUUCGACGAGAGCGCAUGGGCCAAGAAGCGCGCGGCGAUGCAGAAGAGGCGGGGCUUGAACGACUUUGAGCGAUUCAAGGUCAUGAAGAUGAGGAAGCAGGCCCGCUACGAGGUCCAGAAGACCUUUGCUAAAAUCCGCGCCAGCGCCAAGGCAUAAGUUCUUUAGUUGCUGUCGGGAGACACGGUGUGGUGGCGGUCGCUGCAUGCAAGGGGAUGGCGAGGCAUGAUGUGCAUUUUCAUGAGCAUUCGAGGGCGACCCUAGGCAUUCAAAAAUUCAAGACCUGGAAUUCGGGCGAAUUAGUCCAAUGACUGGCACGGAGCAAUUCGGAUGGGAUGGUUCACUCGGCUCUCGCAUGCGUCCACAUGUAGCAAGAGAGCUAAAUCAACACUUUCAUGAAACCACAAACCACAAACUAGAGCUGCCAGAAUGAUACCCUUGUAAUGAC